CCUGGCUCAGCUUACCUGCCGGGACAAACGGCUGUGAAACCCAACGCCGCGGCGGAGGGACUAGCGCACACAGAGCCAGAGACCACCGCUGUCAGUGAGGGUCACACGGUGACAUGGAGCCCGCUCACCGCGGUCUGGGCCGCUGUGCCUGCGCCUUUUGGCUCGCCGUGGCCUUUGACAUUUUGGGACUGCUCAUACUUCUCCUCGGGGUGUUUGCCAACGUGUUUUUCUACGACUUUCUUAUCUACGCCGGCGCCAUUGUCAUUUUCCUCAGCCUCAUCUGGUGGGUGUUUUGGUACACAGGGAACAUCGAGGUGCCGCCCUCGGAACUGGAGGAUGAUGUCGGGCUGCUGAAGAAGGACAAGGGCAACCUGGGCGGCAUCAGCGGCGCGGUGCGGCGCCUCUCCAGCCGCGUGUCCAACGGCAUCAGGAACUCCUUCCGCAGGAGCGACGGGCCGCCGCGCGCACCGAGGACAGGUGCCAGGGCGAGCGCGCACGCGAGGGUCGCGCAGCAGCGAGAUAAUACACCGGUCGCCCUGGCAACGAUGACCCCGCACGAGGACUCCCCGCACACCGUGUCCGCCGCGGUGGACUGUGACUCAAUGCCGCACACAACAACAGAGACCUUGCCCACCUGAUGUGAAGGUGACUCGCUCCAAACAGUUUACAUCUAAUUACAAUGUAAGCGCACUUUUUAUCAAAUGAAUGAAUGAGGACGACAUCAAAACUUUGGAUAUAUUUUUGUCUCAUAUGAGGGCUAUAGCUCAUUAUUGUAUGCAGUGUGAGAUAAAAUGCCACUACAGCACUUAUAUUUGAAAAUAAAUAAAGGAAGGAAAUUACGACCCUUAAACUGAUUUAAUCCAACUGUGUGUGUAUUUCCCCUUGAGGUUAGAA